UCCUGGGAUGUGAGUAUUGAGGCUGCUGUAGACAUGGACUUCUGCUGCUGCUGCUGCUGCUGAUGUUGCUGCUGCUGCUGCUGCUGCUGCUGCCGGGCGGAGGGUCCAGGGCAUGAUCGCCUCACAUCAGCUGUGCUUCUCUUCUUUCCAUUCAUCAGAAAAUAGUACGCAAGCUUGUAGUCACUUCCUGUGGAGGUCUGGAGGUUAACUCUUUGUUUCCACCGGCCCAGAUGAUCAUGCGCCGCCUCCAACACAUACACCGUGGAUUUCCCGGGGACACACUGAGCCCGGUGACGAGAGACAGAGAUGUGUCCUGUUGUUGAUAAGACCAGGGAACAAAGGCCCAGCUGGACCUUGACAGGUUCAAAACAAGGCAGCCAUGGCAAAGAGAGACUACCUGGUGGAGGCGGCCAAGCAGAUCCGCAUGGCACUGGACAGCGAGGUCAAUGAGGACUACGAGGCCGCCUUCAGCUACUACAAGAACGGCGUGGACUUACUGCUGAAUGGGGUUCAGUUGGACCCCAACAAGGACCGCAGAGAAGCCGUGAAGAGGAAGACGACUCAGUAUCUGAAGCGAGCCGAAGAAAUCUUCAUCACACAUCUGCAGGACAACUUGGGGAAAGGGAGCUCUCAUUUAGGGGGUUACAGCAGCCUGAGAUUCCGUCCAAUCAGACACCUGAGUUCACCCAUGGAGGAUCUGGAGAUGUGCAAGGUGAUCGGAGUGACUGAUAAGGUCCUGAUUGUCCAAAGUAUGGUGAAUAAGGAGACAUUUGUUGUAAAGAGUCUGGUCAAGUCGAGCUGGGAGAGCAGGGAUCAGCCAACCAUCAUUCCUCAGGGCGUGCCAUACAUGGUUAAGCUGUUAAGAUACUACGUCAGCGAGGAUGCUGUGUACCUGCAUCUCGAGCACGUCAAAGGUGGGAGGCUCUUCUCGAAGCUGCACAAGCUACGGAACGAGAAGGCCCAGGAACACCCCGAAUGCUUCACCUCCGGCCAGCACAGCAUCAAGCUGAAGACCAGCUACACCUCUCCCACCAUCAGCACAGACUACCAGCACAACACCAAAGGAGGCACGGUGGGCAUUCCUGAGAAAUUAGGCGACGAAAGCCCCGAUACGGACUUCCCCACUUCCUGGGACGAGACUCAGCAGCGCGUGGAGAGCUGUGGCACUCACUCGUACAUCGAGGAGACGGGCUGUCUGCAGAAGACUCGCUCUGCAGCAUCAUUUUACAGCAAGCUCGAUCGAUUGAGUUUGCAUUCCGGCGUGCCGAGGAAGCAGGCCGACACUCGCAUCCAUCCACCAGCCCCUAGUUUGUGCUUGCACUCUAGUGAAACUCAGGAAAAGCCCGCUCUUCCUCUGUCCUGUGCUCGUGUCAGUCAAGCUCUCGACGUCAUGUCAGAGGUCCACCGCAAGAAACUUGCGAUGGGACUGCUUGAGUGCAGCUCCGAGUUUGAGGUGGCAUGGAAUGCUGCAGACCCAGCACAGACCUGCGAGAAAAUAAACCCCUAUGCAGUGACUGACACGCCAGGACAAACUGCACCUCACACCAAUCAGACCUCAUUUAUAAAAACGGGAAAGGGUGAAAAUAAUGGUUUGAGUUCUUCCCCUGCUAUCUUGCAUCUUCCGCUCCAUUGCCAAACCCAGAUCCGUGGUAGGGCAUCAUGGGAAACCAACGGCUCGAACCAGGGAUCUGUUUUAAGUGGUGACUCUGCAGACGCGGUUACGGGCUCGGUACACGACCACAGCAGUCCCACCGUGGAGGAACGGAACGGUAUGGUCAUCAUCAGGAGCACGGACCGAGCGGUGUUUUCUGAGCACACCUCAGAAAGCUCCUGGCCUUGCUCUGCCCCAGUCUACCACAGCAACGCAGGGAACCAGAUCACGUCUUCAGAGAUGCCCCUGACCCUGUCCGGAGUGGAGUACGGAGGGGAAUCGUGUCCUGGUGAGGCCGGAGAAGAUGCAGAGGAAGCCUAUGAAUUGAGUCCUAAAGAGAAAGAGGCGCCUGCAAAAGAGCGAUCAUUUCUGGGCUGGUUUUCCUCUGGUCCUCUUGGAGCCCCAUCCAAUAAUGAUGGUUUGCUUAAAUCUGUGGAAUCAGUUGGGCAGAGAGAAGACCAGAUUAUUGAGGUGGACGGCUGGUGUCACCUGCCUCAGCUCCCUAACAAGUCUUCCCAGCUUAGGGGUAAGGCCCCACAGACUUGCUGGGGGCUUCCAGAGGCAGAGGUGCGUGUCUGGGGGGCACAGAUCCUGUUGGCCCUGGAGAGUCUGCACCAGCAAGGCAUCCUGUGCCGUGAUCUCAACCCUAGAAAUGUUCUGUUCACCAGCAACGGAAAGGUGUGUCUGACAUUUUUCGGCCAGUGGAGCGAGGUCCAGUCAGAGAUUUGCUCCAAAGCCGUGGAACAGAUGUACUGUGCUCCAGAAAUCGGUGGCGUGUCCAGGGUUACAGAGGCCUGUGACUGGUGGAGUCUCGGAGCCAUGCUGUUUGAACUCCUCACAGGAAUGCCACUGUGGCAGCUCCACCCGGCAGGAAUCCACUCUCACACUCAGCUGCUCAUCCCCGACCACCUGAGCACGGCGGCUGCAUCUCUGCUCACCGAGCUGCUCCAGUUCGAUGCUGGCUAUCGGUUGGGUUCUGGUGGCGGAGGUGUGAGUGACAUUAAGUGCCAUCCCUUCUUCAGCAGCAUCUCUUGGAAAGCGCUAAGCUGCUAGCACUUUGCUAAAAGGGUGGCCGCUCUACCACGCCCCAAUUUAGCAUCCGUGUGUGGCCAGACAGGAUGCAGCAAGUGAUUCCCAAGGAAAACAAAACUGAGGAAAAGAAACUCCCAAAACACUUAAAUAUUCUAGAGUGCUAUUUAAGGGGUUUCAAUUCAGUUUUUUUUUUAAAUCAUCAAUUCAAAUUAAGUGACACUGUGCAUGAAAACUGGCACCACCUAACCCGAAAUUCUGGCAAUUCCAAAACGUAGGACUGCCUGACAUUUAAUAUUGUAAUAAAACAAGUACAUUCUGCAA